UAAAAACGGGAACAUUAUUGGCAUCAGCUGAGUGUCACGAUGGGGGAGACGCAGUAGUGGCGGGGCGGCAGGAGGGUUAGACACGCACCAUGUCACUCCCUCAAUUCUUCGACCCCCUUCACGCCGCUGCACUCCUUCUCUACCAAGACUACCAGAUCCCCUGCCUGGUGGCGGUUGUUGUGCUGGUGGUGGUGCUGCUGGCCCUCUCUCGCCUUUCCUCCCCCAAGGAGAUCACUGAUGAAAUUAAGAGAGAAAUAAAAAGUAAAGUUGACAAUGUCAAGGACUUUGUGGGUGUGGGGACGCGGCCCAGGUUCCGCAAGCGUGACAAGAUCUACUUCUAUGGCCGGAAGAUGCUGCGCAAGGUCAAGGCCAACAUACCCACUCGGCCGGCAGCCUCACGCCUCCUGGCCAAGCGUCUGGCCCGGCAGCUGCUGGGGCGCACUGACCGGGACUCCCCGCAGUUGGAGGUGAUUGAGCCCCCCGUGGAGUACAUGCAGGAGGACCUCACACACCUGGACCCCAACGUGCCCACGGAGUUCGUGUUCAUGCUACGGAACAUAAGGGUCUUUGGACACUUCGACAUGCCCUUGUUUUUGGAGCUGUGUAAGAGUUUCCAGACCCUGCACCUCUUCAAGGGACAAAAACUGUUUUCUGUGGGUGAGAAUGACGAGAACAUUUACAUCGUGCAGAAGGGAAGGGUCAGUGUCUACGUCUCAGAACCAGACGGCAGCACCUUCACCCUAAAAGAGGUCAUGCCAGGGGAGUCCAUCAUCUCCCUCCUCUCCUUCUGUGACAUCCUGACAGGCCACCCUCAGCCCUACAAGACGGUGGGGGCUCGGGCCGAAGAGAAGUCCAUUGUCAUGAAGUUCCCGGUGGAGGCGUUCAGGGACGUGUUCAAGAAGUACCCGGAGAUGUUUGUGCGGGUGGUGCAGAUCAUCAUGGUGCGCCUCAUGCGGGUCACCUUCACCGCCCUCCACCAGUACCUCGGCCUCUCCGCAGAGCUCAUUGACAAGGUGCCACGGAGGGACAGCGGAGGCAACCUCAUCCCUUCCCUCUCCUCCCCAAACAAGGUGAAGAGAGACAGUGGCUCCACGCCAGAGGGGGAGGAGGAGGGGGAGCAGCGGGGCCAUGAGACACCUGUCAGACAGAGCAGCUUGCGUAAGAUUGUUUUGGUCGACCCCAAGGAUGACAGUGAUGAUAGCCACUCCCGCAAGGUGGCCACGGAGAAGUUCCAGGCACUGCUGCACCUUGAGUCUGAUGAGAUCCUGAAGGAUGCAGUGGAGGUGAGGGACGUGCCCUCAGGAUCGUUCCUCAUGAAGCAGGACUCAAUGCAGGAAACAGCUCUUGUGUACAUCCUUAUGGGCACCCUCACUGUGUCCCAACAUGAGUCUGAUGGGACCAAGGAUGUGCAGCUGUUCACCGCCUGCCCCGGGGACCUUGUUGGGGGCCUGGCGGUGCUUUCUGGUGACCCGUCCUUCUUCACUGUGAGGGCCAAGCAUGCGGCCCGCAUUGCCACCAUCACCAGGGAAACAUUUUUCAGGAUAAUCAAAAAGAACCCAGAGGUGGUGCUGCAUGUGGCCAACACUGUCAUCCGUCGGCUGUCACCCUUCGUUCGCCAGAUUGACUUUGCCCUGGACUGGGAACACUUGGAGGCUGGCAGGGCACUCUACAAGCAGGGGCAGGCGACGGACUCCACCUUCAUCGUGCUGAGCGGUCGGCUGCGGUCUGUCAUCACCCUCAAGGAUGGGCGGCGAGAGGUCGUGGCAGAGUACGGCAAAAGUGACCUUGUGGGCAUUGUGGAGCUGCUGACCCAGACUGAGCGCAGCACCACUGUAAUGGCUGUGAGAGACUCAGAGUUGGCCAAGCUGCCCGAGGGACUCUUCAACAACAUCAAGCUAAAACAUUCUGUCGUCAUGACCAGACUCAUCAAGCUCCUGGGAGAGAGGCUGCUUGGGUCGUGGAAGUCAACACCUCGCUCUCCGCUGGGCCUGCAGGUGGAGCAAAGACCUUCACAAAGCAACUUCUCCACUGUUGCCAUCGUGCCUGUCUCAGAGGACGUUCCACUCUCACAGUUUACACUGGAGCUCUACCAUUCCCUGCUCUCCAUUGGCCCAGCAGUGAGGCUGACCUCGGAGUAUGUGGUGCGAUCCAUGGGCACCAGCAUCUGGGAGUCAGCCAACAAGUACCAGCUAAUUUCCUGGCUGGGACACAUUGAGGACCAGCACCGCGUCACAUUAUACCAGUGUGACGCCUCACUGACUGUGUGGACACAGCGCUGCAUACGACAGGCUGAUGUCAUCCUGACAGUAGGCCUAGCUGACUCGGAGCCUCAGAUGGGAAAGAUAGAGAAACACGUGGAGAAGAUGGCUGUGAGGACCCAGAAGGUGUUGAUCCUGCUGCACCGGGAGGACGGGCCGCCCCCAUCAGGCACGGUGCGGUGGCUCAACAUGCGCUCCUGGUGCCAGUCACACCACCACAUCCGUGCCCCCAAAAGGGUCUUCCACAAGAGGACUCCGGCCAAGAUUAUUGAGUACUACAAUGAGCGGGUCUUCUCAGUGGAGCCAAACAUCCACAGUGAUUUCUCCCGCCUUGCGAGGGUCCUGACUGGCACCAGUGUUGGGCUGGUGCUGGGCGGGGGCGGGGCGCGAGGGGCAGCUCACAUCGGCAUGAUUAAGGCCAUCAAGGAGGUUGGCAUUCCCAUUGACAUGGUGGCAGGAGUGAGCAUCGGUGCGCUGAUUGGAGCUCUCUACUGCCUGGAGAAGGACCUGACGAGGGUGACUCAGAAGGCUCGGGAGUGGAGCAUGAAAAUGACACAGAUCUGGCGGAUGGUGUUUGACCUGACCUAUCCUGAGGUGUCCAUGUUCUCUGGUGCCGGCUUCAACACCCUCAUCCACGAGGCGCUCGGGGACACCAACAUUGAAGACCUGUGGCUUCCAUACUUUACCCUCACCACGGACAUCACUGACUCCACAGCACGCAUCCACACCCACGGAAGCACUUGGCGGUACGUCCGUGCCUCCAUGUCUCUCUCUGGGUACAUGCCGCCCAUCUGCGACCCCCAGGACGGACACUUGCUCCUCGAUGGCGGAUAUGUCAACAACCUGCCAGGUGAUGUGAUGCGCAAUAAGUGGAGUGUUGGUAACAUCCUGGCCAUUGAUGUCGGCUGCCAGUACGAGACUCGCUUCACCAACUAUGGGGAUUGUCUGUCAGGCUGGAGUGUACUUUUCCGCCGCUUCUUUCCUUUCAAGUAUUUCCUGAGAAAGGAGUUAAAGGUGCCCAACCUCUACGACAUCCAGUCCCGGCUGUCGUACGUGUCAUGCACCCGCCAGCUGGAGGAACUGAAGGCGAGUGACUACUGCGAAUACAUCCGGCCGCCCAUCGACAAGUACCAGACCCUGCAGUUUGGGGCAUUCGAUGAGAUCAAGGAAGUCGGGUACCAGCACGGAAAGACCUACUUCAGUGGCAUGCUCAAGGGGGGCCGCACCGUGGAAAGCAUCUACCAACUGAGCUGCCACUCCAGUGAGCGCUGGCAGGGGAUGCAUUCUGGCCUGGACGCGUCACCCCCCAGCUUUACGGACCUCGCCCAGAUUGUGUGCGCAGUGAAGAAACCCAACGGCAACAACGUCAUAGAAGACUCAUCAACGGAGGAUGAUGGGGGAGGCGGCUACGCUUCUGAGCCCAACACUAAUACAGAUUUCUUCAACAAUGUGUCCGAUGAGCUGAGUGAGGUGUGGCGGAGACGGACCGGCUCCCUCUCAGACAAUGACAUGAUAGACCUAGACCACCACCCCAUGUUUGAUGCCCACCGCCGCCGCCGCCACCACCACGAGGACGAGGACGAUGAUGACGAUGAUGAUGACGCUGAGGCCGACAGUGAAGCUGAGGAUGCAUAGUUUUAACAAGGUGAAAAUCAUCAAGUGGAAGGGAAAUAAUAGGGUUCCUGAAAAUUAAAUUUUUAAGAUCUAUAUUCCCCUUCUUUUUUUUCGUUUAGUGUCUUUAGUUUCCCUUAUGGGGUUAGACGGGCUACGAGUCUCUCCCUCUCUGUCUAUAUUCCCCUCUCCAUUGGGAGUCAAAUUUUAAAAACAAUGUGGUUUUGUUAUCAUUAUUUUUUCAUUGUUGCCAUUGUUGAUGAUUUCCCUUCGUUGAUAUAGUUGUCUCAGUACACAAAGUUUUUAUUUUAUUAGCCAGGGUGUGUGCCUCUCCUCAGGGGUGAAUUCUAUAGUAUUUAAACCCUGUAUGUUUUGUGGACAGUUUGUUUACAUCAACUUAACUUUAUCAUUUCCAAUUUCCUCACCUUGAUCAGUGAAGGAAAGAGAUUGUGAGAGUCCACUGUUGCUUAGUUGUGGGUUCUCAUUUCUAAUCUGACUUGCUUGGGUGAGGGAUUCUCAAAAUGUUUUGCUUUAUAGGAAAAAUACUUGGUGUAAGUUUUGAAGCUGUUUUUACAUUAUAUUCAAAUAUGUAUAUUGGGCAGUUGAGUCCUGUUUGUGUUGUAUGAUAAAAGUAUAUUUUUACAAAGGUAUGAGAGAAUGGAUGAAUUGUGUGUGUUGCUGGCUUGUUCCUGCAUCUUGAUUCCCUUUCAGUGCACUGGCACCUCAUUCUCACUGACCUUAGACCUUUAUUAGUGUGUGGGAAAAGUGUAAUGUGCCAUGUGGUGCUGGCUAAUCGAAAAACAUGGACAUGAGAUAAAGCUGGUAAGGGAGGAGGGAAUUUUUUUUUCUUGGUGAAUAAGAAAAGGAAGUAGAUUGACUUUGCCAGAUAGGGAUGAGUCAGUCUUUGGCUGUGUUGAGUAGCACAGCAAAGGAGAAGUUAGCACUGAUGAAUAGGAAAAGAGAAUGAUUGAUGUUGUCUUAGAAGGAGGAUGUCAGCUUUAGUAUUGAGGAGUACAUUUUAAGGAGUACAUUUUAAGGAGUCGUGCACAUACUUGAAGUUUGCUCACAAAAUAGGAAAUACAACUAAACAUAAGUGCCAAAUCAGACAGCAUUCAAUGGUAGUUAAGGGUCAGUGCACACAGUGUGACUGCUGCAUGAAUGGUGGGAGAGGUGAGUGUUUUUAAGGUUGAGUUGAAUUGUUGUGGGUAGUAAUGGGGCCACUUGGUUGCCUGAGAAUAAUGGAAAAGAAGUUGCCUCUUAAUUUUUUUUUCAGAGUGGGUGUAAAUAUAAUUAUGCUAUAGGGUUCCUCCGAGUGCUGAAUAUUUAUUACACAAAAUGAUGCCGCCUCUCGAGUAUGUCAAGUGUUUCAUACACAAACUAUUGCUCCUCAGAGUGAGUGUUUUAUACUUGAAAAUUUACUCUUCCAUGAGUAUCAAAUGUUCCACACAAAGUAUUAUUUUUUCCAGGUGUGUCAUAUUUCUACACAGAAUGUUAGGAAGCGCAACCUUCUGUGUGUAUUGAGUGUUUCCAAAGCACUAUAUUACUCUACUGCUUUCAUGGUGUCUAAUAUUUAUUACACUGAAAAUUACCUCCUUUCAAGUGACUCUACACAGAAUAUUAAGUAUUGUAUUCUGAGGGUCAUUCUGUUAGUAUUGUAUUUUUGCUACAUCCAGAAACAGUAUAUCAGCCUCGGAUAAUACACUCAGAAGCAAUAACCAUGACUCCCUUUAGGGACAAAGGACAUAAGCCUUCCAUUAUCCAACAGCUAUCUGGGAGGGAAAGAGUGAGCCUGUGCUUGUCUGCUCAACAUUCCUUGACUCACCUGAACCUUUGCUGUUCAGAGGGAGUCACUUGUUACUUCUGAGUGUAUGCCAACCCAGGAAGUCUGUUACCUCAUGAAGCAAUGCAAGUAUGCUAGUCGCUGUUCUCAGAGGAAGAUCCAGGGUGUGGAGGGGACUUUUAUAUUGCAUGAGAAUAGACUAAAAGAUUUAUAAAAUGGAAAAUGCCCACAACACACUCUUGUGAGAAAAACAUAUGCCAAAAACACUGUCAAACUUGGUUUCCAAGGUGUCUUCAUGCUCUCAUUUCCAAAGAGCUUAAGUCAAAAUAUUAAUAAGAUUAUCAGCACACACAAAAAAAAUACAACAAAAGUUCUUUGAUCCAGAAGUUUCUUUUUAUAAUUUCCUGCACACAAAAGUUUGAUCAAUUUUUAGUUUUAGAUCAUAAUUUUCUGCCUUCAGUACUGAACUUUCCUUUCUUUUUCCUGCUUUCAAAAAUUGACAACUUAUUGGGAUUUUUCCCUUUGUUUGGUUUGGAAGUUCGUGUGUCAGUCUCAUUCAUCUAAUGGCAGCUCUCCAUAUAGCCCCUCUAUUUAGGUCCAUAUCCCGUAGGUCAGUCUACACAACCUCAUCCCACGUAAUCUCUAGUCUGCCUUUCACUGCCUUACCAUGAAUAUUCAUAUCUCUCACUCUCUUCAAUCUACUACCCUCAUCCAGCCUUUCUACAUGUCACAACCUUGCCCUCCUCAUUACUAUACCAUACAUUCAAGUCCUGUCCUUCUCAAGUCCUUAUUCGAAACCCAAACCUUGCCAGGCCUGUAUCAUGCCAUUGUGUGUCAUUGAAAUUCAAAGGAAUGGGGACAGGGAUGAAUAAGAGUUGUUGCUUAGAUCCUGUCACCUGUAAGUCCUUCCUCCCCUCCCCUGGGUCUGCCUCUGGCCUCCCUCUGGUGUUCAGACACGAGUGUGUUGUGAGUUGUCUGUGCAGGAGUGGAGGGAAACAACAAAGUAUCAUUAAUUUUGGGAUCUUUGUCUACACUCAGCUGACCAUCUUGUAAAUCAUCAGUUGCAGCUGUGACUUGGAUCAUUCUUGAUUCACUGGCCAUUUGCCGGAUCUUGAGUGUUAACGUUGCGCCAUCUCUCCAUUCAAGCGUUUAUCAGCCUACAGUGAGUGCAGUGCUUGAAGGAGGAUGAGCGUGCUAAUAGUUUAUCACAUGUACAUACUGUUGUUUUCAUAGUUUUAAGAAGCAUAGUGAAGAGAAACUUUGCCGACAAGCCUCGAACUAUAGGCUGAUGUAAGACAAGAAAAUUUGGGUCAAGAUUUCAUCAUUAUCAUUAUUAUAUAUUUUUUUGUCACUGCAUGCUCAAUAAAAGUUCAAGCGGUCACGGGCUGGCCAGGAAGCUUUAUAUUCUACUGUCUUGACGCAACGAUUUCGAGUGAUCUUUAGUGUUUUUUGUACCUCACCCCAUUACUGGCUCCCAACCUCCCUAGUGUGUGUGCGUGUGUGUGUGUGUCAAGGCUCAUGGAAGCGGGGUGAAGCACAAAGCAGCAACGGGGUGACCUUUGCCUCAUAACUGGUGCACCAUUAGUCUGCGGAAUAUUCAUUCAACUUUGUGAAGAGUGAUGAAAAUUAUGACAACACUGCCUCCCCCCACCCCACCUGCCUUUUAGUGUAUUUACCUAGUUGUAAUUUUACAGGGCCUGGGCUUACGCUCGUGUGGUCCCGUCUCCGUAUCUAUAAUUAUCCAACUUUUCCUUGAAGCUCUGCACACUCUUCGCUGAUACUGUUUCUUCACUUAGUCUGUUCCAAACCUCUAUAUUUCUUUGUGGGAAGCUAUAUUUCUUUAUGUCUCUUGAGCAUCUUCCCUUCCUCAACUUUUUACUAUGUCCUCUAGUAUUCCUGCUGGAAGGUUCUUCUCUUAGUAGCAAUUUCUCGUUAUCUACUUCUUCCAUUUUACUCAAUAGCCUAUAUAUUUGUAAUAGGUCUCCUCUUUUUCUUCUUUGUUCUAGAUGGUAAGUCCAUUUCCUUUAGUCUCUCUUCAUAUGUCAGUCCCUCCAGUUCUGGAACCAUUUUUGUUGCCAUCCUCUGUAUUCUUUCUAGUUUUACCAUGUGUUUCUUCAUAUGUGGAGACCACACUGUUUCUGCGUAUUCUAGUUUAGGUCUGAUCAUAGUAGUUAUUAAUUUUUUCAUCAUUUCUUUGUCCAUGUAGUGGAAUGCUAUGCCUAUAUUUCUCACCAUGUUAUAUGUAUCACCGAAGAUCCGAUUUAUAUGACUUCCUGGUUGCAUAUAAUCUUGCAUUAUUACUCCCAGGUCUCUCUCUUCAUUUACUUUCUUUAAUAUUCCACCAUCUCCCAUUUUAUAUGUCCAUUUUGGUCUUUCUACACUUUUUCCCAUUUCCAUAACAUGACAUUUCUUCACGUUGAAUUUCAUCUCCCAUUUCUGACUCCAUUUCCAAAUCUCGUUUAGGUCUUCUUGCAGCUCCUUGCAGCCUUCACUGUUUCUUAUAUGUCUUUGCAGUUUAGCAUCAUCCACAAACAGGCUCAUGUAGCUGUUUAUUCCCUCUGGCACAUCAUUAAUAUAGACUAGGAAGAGUACUGGUGCUAAAACCGACCCCUGGGGCACUCCGCUUUCCACCGUUCUCCAUUCCGAUCUAGUGUCCUUAACCACGGUUCUCAUCUCUCUUCCUCUUAAGUAGCUUUCCAUCCAGCACUUCAUUUUCCCUCUCAAUCCUCCUUUAUUUUCUAGUUUCCACAGCAGUCUUGAAUGUGUGUGUGUGUGUGUGUGUGUAAGAACAGGGAUUAAUACUAUCUUGAUCUGUUUCUUUGAACCUAUGUGUAAGAGCCUAAUCUAGUUGGAGAGAGAGAGAGAGAGAGAGAGAGAGAGAGAGAGAGAGAGAGAGUUAUAGCGUGGUCCAACCAUGAGUAGGCAUUGAAGUAAUAGGCUCGUCAUAUUCCUUCAAUCUCUAAAGUGACAUACAGUUUGCCUUUACAAACGACACAAAUACAGUAUUUUGCAUUAUACAUUAUAGAUAGACAGAUAUGAGGAAUAUAAAAACAGUGUUCACCAUUAAUAUCACAGAGUCCCGAACUAUACACCGUAGCAUUAAAGUUUGUCAUUCACGCAAAAUAGUUUUAACAAACGUAGUUUGCCAUUCCCACAAAAGUUUGACAUAACUGCAGAUUAGAUCUUCGUUCGCCUCGUAUGUUUCAAUUAUCCUCCGCUUAUCCUCCUCCGAUAUGCGGGCGUGCGACGACGACGAGACAUUGUUCCGCAAGGGAAGCUGUACAUAUACCUACUGUUCUGAAGGUGGUUACAGGCCUUACAACGUACACUUGCCAUGGAGGAAGGGGAUGUAGAGGGUGAGGGGGGGCGGCAUAAGUUCGAUGCUUCAGAUUCAUGUUUUGUUAUGAAGUCAAAUUUUCUCUAAGUGUCAAAUUAAUUGUGUUUGUUGCUGUAACAUUUGUAGCAUUGACGCUACUUUUCUGCGGCAGUGUCGUUAGGAUUGUAAUUUGUCCGACUAUUUUGCGCUUUUGUCUCGAGCAAUUUCCGAUUGUUUCAGAGCUUUGAGCUUUGUCAUAAACCACCGAUUAGCUGCCUGACUAUAAAGCAGAAUACUGUACAGGAAAGAGAGCGAACACUAGAGAGCACGCAUGGACACUCCAGCCCAUAAAUGACGAAUGUUCACUUUCUUAAUCUAAACGGAUAUGGGUCCGUAGAGUAUGUCGUGUGUGCCUAGAGUUCUAAUGGCUCUGUAAAAGGCCAAGUCGUCUCAGUAGCGACCUUAAACUUUCUAAGCCCUUCGUCUGUGUGUUGGGGGGCUUCGAGAUGUUGCCGGGAUAUUGUUAUGCCGUAUAUGGUGUGCGUCAUUAGCCGGCAGUCAGUGAUAAGCUGAGAGAGAGAGAGACUUAUAUAGUUACUCAGACCCUGUGUUCCAAACUUAGGUGAUCUCUCUUCGCUUAAGGUCCAUUUUUUUCCUUAUGGUGAUCUGUCCUUAAAAAAAACCCUUUGUGAGAACACCAAGAGAGAGAGAUGGGGGGUAGGGGAGGCAGUGUAUCUAAUCGUUAUUCGGUCGGUAGUGUUGAGGGCGGCACCGAGAGAGAGGACGGAACAUGCCCCGAUGUGUGACAAGCGACUCAAAAGUGAGUCUUAGAAUAAUAAAAGUGCCUCAGUUUUUA